AUGACGCAGAACGGGCCCUCGCUCUCCGGCGCCACGCAGGCCUCCGAGCCGGCCGUGGUGCCCCGCGACGUGCGGCUCCUCCACUUGAUUUUCGCCACGCAGGGCGUGCAGAACUACCAGGACCACGUGCCCUUGCAGCUCAUGGACUUUGCCCACCGCUACACCUCGGCCGUGUUGAAGGACGCGGUGACGUAUGGCGACCACGCGCGCGGCUCGAACGGCAGCUCGCAGGCGACCGCCGCGGUCAACACCGACGACAUUCGCUUGGCCAUCGCGGCCAAGACCAACUACCAGUUCAAGCCGGCGCCGGCCAAGGAGCUCAUGUUGGAGUUGGCGCACGAGCGCAACGGCAAGAGCCUCCCGCCGGUGAUCCCCAAGUGGGGGCUCAACUUGCCGCCCGAGAAGUACUGUCUCACGGCGAAGGACUGGGACAGCUUGGACGAGGAGAGGGGCGACCUCGACGCGAGCAAGCGGAGGAAGCACUAG